AUGCGGCUCUCCGUCGUGGUCCCGGCGCUCAACGAGGAGCGCAACGUCGCGCGCGCCGUCGCGAGCGCGCGCGAGGGCGCCGGCGCCGCGGAUCACUUCGAGGUCGUGGUGGUCGACGGCGGCAGCGACGACGCGACCGUCUCCGUCGCGCACAGCGCGGGCGCGGAUGCCGUGCUCGUCUCACCGGAGAGGGGACGCGCCGCGCAGCUCGCGCGAGGGGUGGAGCGAUGCAGCGGCGACGUCAUAGUCUUCCUCCACGCGGACUCCACCCUCCCGGACGGGUACGCGGAGAAGUUGCGCGACGCGAUGAAGCCCGAGCACAGCUGGGGCGCGUUCGGGUUCAGGCUCGCCCCCGAGGAACGCGACGACGACGACGAUGCCGCCGAUCCGUCGACCGCCGCGCGCGGCUCGAAGGGACCGGGCGGCGGGACCGCGCGUCGGUUCCUCGAGUGGUGCGUGGACAAGAGAACCAAAUGGCUUGGUGCCCCGUACGGAGACCAGGGGGUGUGGGUAAAACGACACGCGCUCGAUAGCGUCGGCGGCGUGCCCCAACAGUGCUUCAUGGAGGACUACGAGCUCGUAAAGCGGCUGCGAAGACGCCACGGGAUGCCGUGCGUCGUGGAUGCGGCCGUGACCACCAGCUCGCGGCGGUGGGACGCCAUGGGAGUGGCGAGAGUCACAGCGCUGAACCAGCUCAUAGUGUUUGGGUACGCCAUGGGCGUGGCGCCUGAGAGGCUGGCGAGGUGGUACACAGCUGGCAGGAACAUGGGUGGCGGGACCAAGAGGUGGGACACCAGGGCGGAGGCGAACGCGGAGGCGACGAAGGUGGAGGAGCGGUGA